AUUUUGCUGAUGAACAUAUAAAAUCAAAGCAAAAACACUUGUUGCAUUUUGGUCGGUGGUGUGUUUAUUUUGCACAAAUCAUUAUUGUAUUGGUAUUGCAGCGGCAACACCAUUCGUGGAAAUAAAGAGAAUCCUAUUGACAGGCGGCCCGCUUUAUUUUUGUGCAUUGCAAUAACAUCAGAGAAUAAGUGACUGUCAUUGGUUGUAGUUUUGAAUUUCAAAACGCAGCAAAUUCUAGCGGUGCACAUCACAAUACACUCUUAGACAGUGCAAAGACUGGAACUGAGUAGAAAAAAAAACUUUUGUAAAAACCACCAGAGACAAUUUUACAUACGACUUGCUCCGCGUCCUUUUGGAAAUAAUUUCACAACAGCCAGCAAAAAGGAAUCGCCAACAUGAACGAAGAGGAAGAGUUUGACGAUGAUUUCAGCGAACAUUUGAUGUUUCCAGAAUCACCGGAAGAAGUAGCGACAACAGAAGAAAACGCAUUUGAAAUAGUAACUAUGGAACAAAUCCUUCAAGAUGUAUACGAAGGCGUAGAAGAUCUUAGAAUGAUUUUGAAUCUGCCAAGUUUGGUGUCUGCUCGAAUGUUAUUGAGCCACUACAAAUGGAACAAACAACAGCUCAUUGAUGAAUAUUACGAUAUCGGUGCGGAUGCAGUUUUUCAACUAGUUAAGUUAAAAAAUCCAUUCAACAUCAUUCCAAUCGUAGGUGAGCCAAAUGGCACACAAGAAGAUUGUCAAAUUUGCUACGUCGAAACAGAGCCCGACGAACUUUACAAUUUGGCUUGUCGUCAUAAGUACUGCAAAACAUGCUGGAAUGCUUACCUUACAGAAAAGAUAGCCAAUGAAGGUUUAAAUGAAGCAAUCGUCUGCCCAGAACCAACAUGCGGUGCGCUGGUUGACGAUGAAGAUGUUUUCCAAUUGGUCGUAAAAGCGGACGUAAUUCAAAAGUAUCAUCGAUCCAUUACAAAUUCAUACGUUUUGAAUAAUGAGACACUUGCUUGGUGUCCAUAUCCUGGCUGCGAAUAUGCAGCGAAAAAAUUACAGACGGUUAAAACAUUUUGUUCUUGCUUGUGUGGAUUUGAUUUUUGCGUUGAAUGCCUUGAUACCUGGCACAAACCCGUCACUUGCAUUCAACUCAAACAAUUUAAAAGUGGCAACGACGCAGAAAUGUACAGAUGGAUCCAACACAAUACCAAAGUUGUCAAAUUUUGUCCAAAUAAGAAAUGCGGCGUCAUCAUUGAAAAGAAUGGUGGCUGCAAUCACAUGACAUGCCGUAGCUGUGCCUGGGAAUUUUGUUGGAUAUGUUCAGGAAUGUGGAAAGGACAUACAGCCUGUAAUCGUUUUGACGAUACUGGCAUUACUGGUAAUCUUAUAAUGGCCAGAUACAAACAUUUCAACGAUCGGUUCAUAACCCAGCUGGAAUCUUUAAGAAUCGAAGCCAAAAUCUAUAAGGAUAUGGAUGCCAAAAUAGCCUAUUUGCGAGAAAGAUGUAAUAUGACCAAUAAUGAAUUGAAAUUUUACCGUGAUGCGGUGGUAAUUAUACGCAUUGCCCGCCGUGUGUUGACCUAUACAUUCGUGUUCGCAUACUUUUUGGUCAACAACAAUCACGUGGAAAUAUUCAUAGACAAUCAAACCGACUUGGAAAAUGCCGUUGAACGUCUUUCGGAAUAUUUGGAAGAAGAUUUGCAUACAGGAACAAUCGAUGAGUUCAAGCAAUACAUUAUAGAAACCGGCAAAUAUUGCGAACAACGAUGCCAAGUGCUUAUGGAUCAUAUUCGUGAAGCGGAAGAAAAACAUUUGUGGGAAGUUAACGAACAAUAGAAAGUUUUAAUCAAAUGUUAUUUUUUACGAUAUAUUCUAUUCUCAACAUUCUAUCUGUUUAAAGUACAGUUUUUAUACAAUCCAUUUUUUUUAAAUAUUACGAUGUAAGACAACCAUGUGAUGAAAUUUAUGUGCUCAUUUCGUGGACACAUCGAGCAAUAAACAAUUAAAUAAAGUUAUUUUGGCGCAGAA